AUGGGCUGGGGCGCUCACCCGUGYGCACCCCUUGUGCCCGCAGCCGGGGCGCGCCGCAGCCUCAAGACCAACCUGUGCAAAUGGUGCGACGCGACGGCGCCCGCCUGCGAGGAGCGGGUCUGCUACAGCAACUGCAACCUCAACUCCUACUGCGAGAGCCCCUACGAGAUCUGCGUGGCCAUCUGGAGGCAAGACAACGAGAGCAUCAGGAUCAGCACGCUGUGCCACAACCCCCAGCACCCCAUCGAAAACCUCAUGGUCCCCAACUACAACACCUCGCGCUGCGUCAUGAGCCACCAGCCCAGCGAGGACGGCGUCCUCUACAUCUGCGGCUGCGUGGACGAGCAGGAAUGCAAUGACAGGCUCCUCUUCGAGAACCACACCAACGGAUACUCCAUGCUGCAGAGCAAAGAGGUCAUCCCGGUGGCGGCCAUCAGCCUGCUGCCCCCGCUGCUGGUGGCCGUCGYGAUCACGGUGACCUUCUACCUGUGUCGCACGCAGAGGCGGAGGAAGCGAGCCAAGGCGUGGGGCCACAAGCAGCCGCAGCACCCGGGCCUGCCCGAGCGGGGCAAGGCCGCCGAGCGCGACGAGAAGCUCUCCGUGAUGGCGGACGACAACCAGGCCGCGCUGAGCUCCACCUGCGCCAACAGCCUCAACCACAACACUGAGCUGCUCCCCAUCGAGCUCGACGAAAUGGUGGGCAAAGGCCAGUUUGCAGAGGUCUGGAGGGCCAAGUUAAACCACRCCAGCUCGGGGCAGUACGAGACAGUGGCUGUGAAGAUCUUCCCCUGCGAGGAAUAUUCCUCCUGGAAAAACGAGAGCCAGAUCUUCACGGACGCCAGCCUCAAGCAYGACAGCGUCCUGCAGUUCCUCACGGCCGAGGACAGGGGCUCGGGGCCCCGCAGGGAGUACUGGCUCAUCACGGCCUACCACAGCCGCGGCAACCUCAAGGACUACCUGUCCAGGCACRUCCUGAGCUGGAUGGACCUGCAGAAAAUGGCCGGCUCCCUCGUCAACGGGGUGGCUCACCUCCACAGCGACUACACCGCCUGCGGCCGCCCCAAGAUCCCCAUCGCUCACCGGGACAUCAAGAGCACCAACAUCCUGGUGAAGAACGAGCAGGAGUGCGUGCUCUGCGACUUCGGCAUCGCCAUCCGCCUCGACCCUUCCCUCACGGUGGAUGACUUUGCCAACAGCGGGCAGGUGGGCACCGCCAGGUAYAUGGCUCCCGAGGUCCUGGAGUCCAGAGUAAACCUGGAGGAUCUGGAGUCCUUCAAGCAAAUGGAUGUCUACUCCAUGGCCCUGGUUUUAUGGGAAAUGGCCUCCAGAUGUGAAGUAGUAGGAGAAGUAAAGAACUAUGAGCUCCCUUUUGGGUCAAAAGUGCAGGAGCAGCCCUGCGUGGACACCAUGAGAGACAUCGUGCUGCACGGCAGAGGACGUCCCGAGAUCCCCGGCAGCUGGCUGGUGCAUCAGGGCAUGCGCUUCCUGUGCGACACCAUCACGGAGUGCUGGGACCACGACCCCGAGGCCCGCCUCACGGCGCACUGCGUGGCCGAGCGCCUCAGCCUCAUGGCGCAGAUGGGCUGCGACGACAUCCUCAACAACAACACGGCCCGCGAGGCCGGCAAGGCCGAGCCGGGCGGCGGCAACGCGCCGUGAAGGGCGCCCAGGGCCCGGUGCCCCCCUCACAGCACRGCCGACACCCGGCACCCACCUUAUUUAUGAGACCUGUUCCGUCGCGCGGACACGGGGCGGAAAACCGGGCGCUUGGGCUGGAGCGCAGCCUUGUACAUGAACUGAUUUUGUACUUACUUUAAGUGUAUAGUGAUGCAAAGCACUUCUUUUGUUAUUUUUUAAAAUAAUAAUGGUUAAUCUUUUAUUAAUAAGCACCUGAAUUCUACGUCCAUCUUUUGAAUCCUUUCAGUGUUGCCAUCACAGAUUUCUCCCCUAUCUGCUUCUGCAGAGGUCAAGACACUUCCUUUUUCCUAAAGAGCCUGCCCUAAAAUAUCUGUAGCCACAGAAGAAAUGAAUGUUCAGACACUGUUGGUGGAGCAAACAUGAUUCCCCAGGAAAUCAUUCCCGCAACAGCCAAACCCCAUCCCACUACUGGGCUGAGGUACCCAACAACCCAGCCACCAAAAGCCURGAGUUGUCGCAACUCCACUGCAGCUCCGCUCAACAGCGAGUUCCUGGUAUUCCUGAAUUCCUGAUACAACUGCCACRUGGCCUCACAGUUAGGUGAGCCUGAGAAGGUUCUUCAAUAAAAAGCCACCAAUACAGGUGCUGCUGUUUCACUGUGAGAAGCCU